AUUAAGUUUAGUUUGUAAAUUGUAAGCAGUUUUUAAAUCAGCCUAUUGUUGUAUCUAUAAAUACAAAGAGUUGAUAGGAGAAACAUCCAGCAAACAAAUUUCGUAGAAACCUUACCCUAAUUCUUCCAUUAAUCAGAACCUAUUUCCAGCUAAUUAAAUAUGGCUCUCAUGCAAUCCCUUUUGUCUUUUUCUUCUUCUUCUUCCUCAUCAGGAUUGAAAAUGUCUACCCUCAAGUCAGUUACGGAUCUCAUCCCCACUCAUAAUCUUCCCAACUGGCUAACCCAUGAUGAUCUUUCACCCGGUCCAAAAAUCCAUGGUACUAAGCUCCGGGUAGCUCACUUAGGCGUUCCGGGUUCUUACAGCGAAGCCGCCGCCGGUAAAGCUUAUCCCAACAGCGUACCUCUACCUUGCAAACAAUUUGAAGCUGCAUUUGAAGCGGUCGAGCUCCGCAUCGCCGAUCGAGCCGUCGUACCGGUUGAGAACUCUCUCGGCGGCUCGAUCCACGAAAACUACGACCUCCUGCUCCGGCACCGCCUCCACAUUGUCGGGGAAGUCCUACUCCGAGUUCGCCACUCUUUACUAGCCCUUCCCGGCGUCCGAAAAGAGCACCUCCGCCGCGUACUCAGCCAUCCCCAAGCACUCUCUCAGUGUGAACACACGCUCACCUCCCAAAUGGGACCCAACGUGAGGAGGGAGGCGUUUGACAGCACGGCCGGAGCGGCCGAAUUCGUGGCCGCGAACAACCUCCGGGACACCGCCGCGAUUGCAUCGGCGCACGCUGCCGAGCUGUACGGACUACAAGUCUUGGAAGAUGGAAUGGAAGACGAUUCCGGUAACUUGACGAGGUUCUUGAUUCUGGCGAGGGAGCCGUUUAUCCCUCGAACCGGCCGGCGGUUCAAGACGAGUAUCGUGUUCGCCGGCAACGACAGAGAAGGACCGGGCGUUCUUUUCAAGGUUUUAUCGGCGUUCGGGCUCCGGAACAUCGGGUUGACGAAAAUCGAGUCGCGGCCGCAUCGUAGUCGGCCGAUUCGGGUGCUGGACGUAGCCGAGGACGACAUCCUCCGUACUGCCAAGUAUUUCGAGUACAUAUUCUAUGUGGAUUUUGAGGCUUCAAUGGCGGAAGUUAGGGCACAAAAUGCCUUGGCAGAAGUUCAGGAGUUCACGUCUUUCUUGAGGGUUUUAGGAAGUUAUCCGAUGGAUAUAUGACCCCAAGGUUCCCCUUCUAUUCCCAUUUCCAAUUGGUUAAUAUAUUUAUUUCCUUUCCGAAAAAUGGGAAAUUGGAAGGUUUAGUUUGAAUUUUUCACUUGUAUAUUUUGUGCUAAAAAUAAAAAAUUUAAACCGAACAUUUACUUGGAGAAAGAUGUAUAUUUUUAUAUUAUGAAUAAAGUUUGGGAGUUUUCAGUGAAUUUGGAACUCAAAUACAAGAAUUCUAUGGGGAAGGAGAAUACUUGCGGGAAAUGCAUGGAAUAUAUGGAGGGAAUAUAUUUCUUGACUACAUUAACACAAUAAGACGUUAAAAUGGACGAAAUAUGAACUGAUAUUACCUUCUAAUUUUUUCUUCUCCCCCUCGGUUCUAAUAGGAGGCCUAUAAUUCUCAAUUUUGGUGAGAGCAAUAGAUGUUUUUCUCUCACAUCAUAAGCCAAACCGGUAUUGAUAGCCCACCUAUAAUGAAAAGGCAAUGUAUUGUGAUGUAAGGAGGGAUCCAGUAUCCAAUAUUAUGUAGUAAUAACAGCGAAGAAAAAUAUUCUCCAGUGCUUUUAGACGUACGUGCUGAGCUCCACAUUUUCACUGAGCUGCAAAAUAUUGUUUUUUCUCAUGUAUACUAGUGCUCUCGUCAACGG